AUGCUAUUUGCGGAACAUCGCAAGGGAACCUACCGGUGGUUUCUGCAACGCAAUGACUUUUCGGCAUGGAAACAGCGGGACAGUGCUGUGUUGUUCUGUUCUGGAAUUCCGGGGGCCGGCAAGACGGUCUUGUCAUCAGUCGUGGCCCAUGAGCUGGACAGUGAAUGUGAUGCUCGGGAUGCAGCAGUCCUGAUGCUCUACUGUAAAUGGGACGACCCACUGUCGCAAUCUAUCGAUACUCUUCUGGGAAGUCUGCUCAAGCAGGCCACACAGAAGCGUGACAUCAUUCUUCAAGAAAUGGCCGAAUUGUAUUAUAAACACAGCAGUGCUGGAACAAAGCCGACACGAGAGGAGACCUUUUCGAUGCUCACAGCCGAGCUCCGUCGGUUUUCAAAGACCUCCAUCAUCGUAGAUGGUCUGGAUGAACUUCGUGAGAAGACUCGGGUAGACUUACUCGAACUCCUGACUUCGAUAGAUGCUACGGUGAACAUGAUGGUAACUUCACGAGGCCUAGACAACAUCGUGCGGCAUUUUCAACGGAAAAACCUUCGUCCAUUUUGCAAUGAAUGUCUGGUCCCUUGUAUUCAGCACCAUUUCAACUGCCUAGAGUGCCUCUCAUCAAGCUCAAGUUCAAUUGAUUUCAAUCUUUGCCGGUCAUGUUUCAGUACAGGCAAGCGAUGCGAAUACAGAGGGCAUGUCCUUUGUAGAAAAUUCUGCGGUUCCAUUAUCAAGAUCACUGCUGUUGAAGAGGAUCUGAUGACCUACGUACAAUGGCGCGUUGCAUCGUCAGAAUUCCUUCGCCAGUGCGUGGAGUUGAAGGAAGGACUGAUGAAAAGCAUCGUCGAUACAGUAGUCAAAGAAAACGAUGGGAUUUUUCUUCUAGCCAAGUUCAACAUGGAUACCUUAACUUCCAAAUUGCGCCCGGCGGAGGUUGUGAAGGCAUUGAAGAGCCUGCCAAAAGAACUUGAUGGAACUUACAGAGAUGCCAUGCUGAGAGUCGCAGAUCUUCCAACUAGCCACAGAGAAGUGGUGAUGGAAUUACUUCGUUGGGUUGUCUUUGCAGAGCAGCCUCUGAAGGCGCGAGAGAUCGAGCAUGCUACUGCCGUGACGGAGGGAGACCGAGAUAUUGACCGCGAUAAUAUCAUCCGGGCCAAUGUUCUUGCUUCCAAGUGUGCCGGCUUAGUUGUAUAUGAUGAGUUUGAUCGCCUGAGAUUGGUUCAUUUUUCGGCGGAGAACUUUUUCAACCGCAAUUGUGAUCGACGGUUCCCCGAAGGGCCGACAAAGUUGGCUUCUACCUGUCUGACCUACCUGCUAUUCGAGACUUUCCAGUCUGACGCCUGCUCGGGCUCAUCCGAAUCUGCUGAAUUCGAUGCGCGCAUUGAAAAGUACCCAUUACUUAGCUAUGCCGCUAAGUUCUGGGGCAAACACCUCGUCCAAGCGCCACAUGAGGGCCUCUAUGACCGUGCUCGAGAGCUUCUGGAUAGCCCGAAUCAUUUAGCAGCUUUGACACAGAUCUUAUGGUAUUUGGAUGACGAGGAUUCAGCCAGUUGGGCUGGCAAGCAGGGAAGCUCAGCGCUCCAUCUGGCUGCCUACAUUUGA